GCAGAAGUCAUGCCCGCUUUGGAGGACGGAGGGCGAGCCGGGGCUGCAGGUGUCCUAGAAAGGGAAGCCUGGAGCCAGGCUGGGCCGGGGUGGGUACGGGGGUGAGGAUCCCUGAGAGCACUCAGCCAUACAGGAGGAACCCCCAACUCCCAGAUGCUGGACAAGGCAGGCGAGGGCCCAGGGCCCAGGGUGGGGAGAGUUGAGAGUCUGGAUGAGAAGGGCCUGGCUGCCCGGCCUGGGAAUAAAGACCGUCUCUGUCUGUCUCAUUUCUGAGCCCCUCACUCAGACUGCCUACUUCACCCCCAGGGGGUUGCUGCAGCCGCCACAGACAUUUAGCACCUCCUGUGUGCAGGACCCUUUCACCUGUAAGCCUCAGGCCACCCACCUGUGAAGUCGAAAGUGACCACCCUGUUUGAUAGAUGAGAAAACUGAGACCAAAUGGGUUAAACAGCUCAUUCAAGGUCACGGAGGGAGGAAGAGGCGCUGCUGGGACUUGAACCAAGACCCAAGUCCAAGUCCAGGCCUAAGUCCAGGCCCGUCUCCACCAUCCAGGGAGCUCUCUGCCCUGCCCCAGCCUGGGGUGGCCCACACUAAUCCAGCCACAGCCCUGCCUAUGGCGGGGCUGUUCUUGGAGGAGGGCAAGAGCUGCCCUUGCCCCUGGGGCAACUGUUGGCAGCCCCAUGUGUCUAGCCCAGCAAGGCCUGGACACAGGCAGGGCUGAGCCGUGCCCAGUGGGGACCACAGCGGGUGGGCCAGCUUCAGCCCAGCGGGAGGAGAACCUUCCAGGUGCACCAUCUCGGGAGGUACCUCGGUCCCGCCAGAGCAGGUGUGAGCGGGAGCUGGUUGUGAGGGGACCGUAGCUUGGAACAGGACCCCAAAAGAUGGGCUCUGAGGUCCCGCAGCCAAGAGCCAGGAUUCCGGAGCAUCAUGGAGCAGUUUAACCCUGCCCUGGAGAACCUGGUGUACCUGGGCAACAACUACCUGCGUGCCUUCCACGCUUCACAGCUCAACUGGCCACACCCUCCUCAAGGGCACACACAGAUGCCCACACCCCACCCAGGACACAGUCCCUUCCAGAUGAAAAGAGCCUCCGGAAGGGCGGGGCAGAGGCAGGGCUGGACCGGACCUGUCCCUCCUGGUCCAUAGCUCUGUCUGAGGCAGCCGAGGUCUACUUCAGUGCCAUCCAGAAGAUCGGGGAGCGUGCCCUGCAGAGCCCCACGUCGCAGAUUCUGGGGGAGAUCCUGGUGCAGAUGUCUGACACCCAGCGGCACCUGAACUCUGACCUGGAGGUGGUGGUGCAGACAUUCCAUGGAGACCUGCUGCAGCACAUGGAGAAGAACACCAAGCUGGACAUGCAGUUCAUCAAAGACAGCCGCCAGCACUAUGAGCUCGAGUACCGCCACCGAGCGGCCAACCUGGAGAAGUGCAUGUCUGAGCUGUGGCGCAUGGAGCGCAAGAGAGACAAGAAUGUGCGGGAGAUGAAGGAGAGUGUGAACCGGCUGCACGCCCAGAUGCAGGCCUUCGUGUCUGAGAGUCAGCGGGCGGCUGAACUGGAAGAGAAGCGGCGCUAUCGCUUCCUGGCAGAGAAGCACCUGCUACUUUCCAACACCUUCCUGCAGUUCUUCGGCCGGGCCCGGGGGAUGCUCCAGAACCGCGUGCUGCUGUGGAAGGAGCAGUCUGAGGCCAGCCGCAGCCCGUCGCGCGCCCACUCCCCCGGCCUGCUGGGCCCCGCGCUGGGGCCGCCCUAUCCCUCGGGCCGCCUAACGCCCACCCGCCUGGACAUGCCCCCGAGGCCCCUGGGAGAGUUCAGCUCCCCCCGCAGCCGGCAGGGCUCCGGCUCCUACGGCCCAGAGCCCGACGCGAGGCCCGCGUCCCAGGUGGAGCCAGACCGCCGCUCCCUGCCCCGCACGCCGUCGGCCUCCUCGCUCUACAGCGGCGGCGCCCAAAGCUCACGCUCCAACUCCUUCGGCGAGCGCCCGGGCGGCGGCGGGGGCGCCAGGAGGGUCCGCGCCCUGGUCUCUCACUCAGAGGGCGCCAACCACACGCUGCUGCGCUUCUCCGCCGGGGACGUGGUGGAGGUGCUGGUGCCCGAGGCCCAGAACGGCUGGCUCUACGGCAAGCUGGAGGGCUCGUCCGCGAGCGGCUGGUUCCCCGAGGCCUACGUGAAGGCUCUGGAGGAGGGGCCUGUGAAUCCCAUGACCCCCGUGACCCCCAUGGUGCCUGUGAAGCCCGGGAACGAGCUGCCUUCCAGGUCCUACCCACUCCGGGGCAGCCACAGCCUCGAUGACCUCCUGGACCGGCCAGGCAACUCCACAGCACCCUCGGAGUACUGGGAUGGCCAGUCCCGCUCCCGCACCCCAAGCCGGGUGCCGAGCCGUGCCCCGAGCCCUGCACCUCCGCCCUUGCCCAGCAGCCGCCGAGGCAGCAUGGGCAGCACAGGGACUGCCACUGACGUCAAGAAACUGACGUCCUCCGAGCAGUACCCACCACAGGAGCUCUUCCCAAGGGGCACAAAUCCUUUUGCUACCGUCAAGCUUCGUCCCACCAUCACCAAUGACCGCUCAGCACCCCUCAUCCGCUGAGGCGGGGUCCGAGGUCAUACCCCCCAGCACACCUGCCCAGGGGCUGUUCAGAGCUGGCAGUGGCAGUGACGGCAGUGACGGCAGCAGAUACCAGAAGCAGGGCCCUGAGACCAGGGGUGGCUGCCCUUCCCCAGACCACCCCGGCAGCCUGAGCAGCUCCAAAGCACUGGCUUGGGGUCCAAGACCUUCGAAGUAAAGCAGGCGGAAUGGGGGCACAGGAUGAUUUCUCCCCCUCCAGGGGCCCCAGGACCCUCCCUGGGGGGCCUACCUCUUGCCCCCCAACCUCUUUUCCCCUUUUCUGCCCCCGUGGGGAGGAGCCCCUUGUACCUGCUCCGUGUCCCACACAUGCCCUCUCUACGUCUUUUGUAAAUGAUGAGAAAUAAAGGAAGUGGACGCAAAGUGAUGCGGCA